AUGGCGUCCUCAGACAUGUCCAAGCGGAAGCGGCCCCGAACCCAGUCCUGCCCGCCUCCCGAACUCCCGCAGCUCGUCGCCGAACAGCACGUUCCGAUUUCAGCGCAGGACAAGGACACGAAACGGCUGAUCGUGGUCCUGUCGAACGCGAGUCUGGAAACCUACAAGGCCGGCGGAAAGGGCGUCAAUGGCAGAGAUGAUAAAUACUCGCUCCUGAACAGCGACGAACACAUUGGCGUGAUGAGGAAGAUGGGAAGGGACAUCAGCGAGGCCAGACCGGAUAUCACUCACCAGUGCCUCCUCACCCUUCUUGACUCGCCGAUCAACAAAGCCGGGAAACUCCAGAUUUACAUCCACACCGCCAAGGGUGUUUUGAUCGAAGUCAGCCCGACGGUGCGCAUUCCUCGCACAUUCAAGCGGUUCGCCGGGCUGAUGGUGCAAUUGCUCCAUCGGCUUUCAAUCCGCUCCACCAAUUCGCAGGAGAAGCUGCUCAAAGUGAUCAAGAAUCCCAUUACGGACCACCUGCCACCCAAUUGCCGCAAGGUCACGCUCAGCUUUGACGCGCCCGUGGUGCGGGUCAACGACUACAUCAGGACGCUGGGGCCCAAGGAAAGUAUCUGUGUGUUUGUGGGUGCCAUGGCCAAGGGCCGCGACGACUUUGCGGAUGCGUUCAAGGAUGAUGCUGUCAGUAUCAGCAAUUUCAGCCUGAGCGCCAGCGUGGCGUGUAGCAAGUUCUGCCACGCGGCAGAGGAUGCAUGGGGCAUCGUAUGA